AUGUCAACUGUCGCAAACUCGGUGGAAUGUAAUAUAUGUCAAAAGAAAUUCAAUAAAAAAAAUUUUCUCGUUCACAUGAGACUGCACUCUGGUGAUAAACCGUUCCAAUGUGAUGUAUGCCAGAAGAAAUUCCCAACCAAAAAUUAUUUGACUAAACACUUUAUAGCACACACUGACGAAAAACCGUUCGAAUGUGAAAUUUGUCAGAAAAGGUUUCCAUCUAGAGGUCGUUUGAAUCGACACCAUAAGGAAAUGCACACUGACGAAAAACCAUUCGAAUGUAACAUUUGUCUGAAAAAGUUUCUUUAUAAAAGCAUUUUGGAUCAACAUCGUACAGUACAUAGUAUCGAAACACCUUUCGAAUGUGAUAAGUGCCAAAAGAAAUUUGUGACCAAGGAUUAUUUGACCAGACACUAUUUAGUGCACACUGGCGAAAAACCGUUCGAAUGUGACUUGUGUCCGAAAAAGUUUCCAACUAAAGCUCGUUGGAAUCGACACUAUAAGAAAACACACACUGGCGGAGAACCCCUCGAAUGUGACAUUUGUCUGAAAAAGUUUCUAUAUAAAAGUACUUUUGAUCAACAUCGUAUAGUACAUACCAUCAAAACACCAUUCGAAUGUGAUAUGUGCCAGGAAAAAUGUUCAACACUCACUCAUUUGACCGAACACCAAUUAGUUCACACUAGCAAAAAACCGUUCGAAUGUAACAAGAGUCAGGGAAAAAGCAACAAACAGAUUGAUUUACCUACACACAAUGAAGUAGACAAUAAACCUUUCGAAUGUAAUGUUUGUCUGAAGAAGUUCACGUGUAGCGAAACUUUGAUGCAACACAAUAUCAUACACACUGACAAAAAACCGUUAGAAUGUGAUAUAUGCCAGGAAAAUUUUUCAACACUAACUCAUUUGACCGAACACCAAUUAGUUCACACUAACGAAAAACCGUUCGAAUAUGACAUGUGUCCGAAAAAGUUUCCGACUAAAGCUCGUUUGAAUCGACACUAUAAGAAAAUACACACUGGCGGAGAACCCCUCGAAUGUGACAUUUGCCUGGAAAAGUUUCUAUAUAAAAGUAUUUUUGAUCAACAUCGUAUAGUACAUACCAUCAAAACACCAUUCGAAUGUCAUAUGUGCCAGGAAAAAUGUUCAACACUCACUCAUUUGACCGAACACCAAUUAGUUCACACUAACGAAAAACCGUUCGAAUGUGACAUGUGUCCGAAAAAGUUUCCGACUAAAGCUCGUUUGAAUCGACACUAUAAGAAAAUACACACUGGCGGAGAACCCCUCGAAUGUGACAUUUGCAUGGAAAAGUUUCUAUAUAAAAGUAUUUUUGAUCAACAUCGUAUAGUACAUACCAUCAAAACACCAUUCGAAUGUCAUAUGUGCCAGGAAAAGUGUUCAACACUCACUCAUUUGACCGAACACCAAUUAGUUCACAUUAGCGCAAAACCAUUCAAAUGUAACGAGAGUCAAGAAAAAUGCAACAAACAGAUUGAUUUACUUACACACAAUGAAACAGACAAUAAACCUUCCGAAUGUAAUGUUUGUCUGAAGAAGUUCACGUGUAGCGAAACUUUGAUGCAACACAAUAUCAUACACACUGACGAAAAACCGUUAGAAUGUGAUAUAUGCCAGGAAAAGUUUUCAACACUAACUCUUUUGGCCGAACACCAAUUAGUUCACACUAGCAAAAAACCGUUCGAAUGUAACAAGAGUCAGGGAAAAUGCAACAAACAGAUUGAUUUACUUACACACAAUGAAAUAGACAAUAAACCUUCCGAAUGUAAUGUUUGUCUGAAGAAGUUCACCUGUGGCGAAACUUUGAUGCAACACAAUAUCAUACACACUGACGAAAAACCGUUAGAAUGUGAUAUAUGCCAGGAAAUGUUUUCAACGCUAACUCAUUUGACCGAACACCAAGUAGUUCACACUAGCGAAAAUCCGUUCGAAUGUGACAAGAGUCAGGAAAAAUGCCAAAAACAAAGUGAUCUGCUUACUCACGAUGAAGUGGGCAAUAACCCAUUAGAAUGUGAUAUCUGUCAGAAGCAAUUCAACAAAAGCAAGAGUCUGCUCAUACACAUGAAACAGCAUACUGGCGAUAAACCUUUCGAAUGCGAAAUAUGCCAUAAGACAUAUUCAACUGAAGAUAAUUUGAAUAAACACCUUUUAGUGCACACUGGCGAAAAACCGUUCGAAUGCGACAUUUGUCUGAAAAAGUUCACUACUAAGCAUCAUUUGAAACGACACCUUAAACAAAUGCACACUGUCGAACAACCGUUCGAAUGUGAUAUUUGCCAAAAAAAAUGUGCAACAAAAGGACUCUUAAUUAGACACCAAUUAGUGCACACUAGCGAAGAACCGUUCGAAUGUGUCAUUUGUCUGAGAAAGUUUAAAUCUCAGAGUCGCCUAAAAAUACACCACAAAGAAUUACACACUGUCGAACAACCGUUUGAAUGUUACAUUUGUCAGAAAAAAUUCCAUAAGAAGAGGAAUUUGCUCAUACACGUUAGAGUCCACAAUAAGCACUUUGAAUGUGACAUUUGUCUGAAGAAGUUCACUUGCAGGGGAAUUUUGAUCCAGCACAAGUAUGUGCACACUGGCGAAAAACCGUUCGAAUGUAAAAUCUGCCAUAACAAAUUUGCAACCAAACGAUAUUUGGCCAGACACCACUUAGUGCACACUAGCGAUGAAUCAUUCGAAUGUGAUAUUUGUCUCAAUAAGUUCCAUACUAAGAGUAAUUUAAAUAGACACUAUAAGGCACUACACACUGAUGAAAAACUGUUUGAAUGCGACUUGUGUAUGAAAAAGUUUGUAUAUAAGGGUCUUUUGGAUCAACACCGUGCAAUACACACUGGCGAUUCACCGUUCGAAUGCAAUAUAUGCCAUAAGAGAUAUUCAACUCUAGCUUAUUUGACCAAACACCAUUUAGUGCACACUGGCGAAAAACCGUUCGAAUGUCACAUUUGUCAUAAAAAGUUCAGAUUUCAGAGCCCGUUGACUCAGCACCUCAAAAUACACACUGGUGAAAAACAGUUCGGAUGCGACAUUUGUUCGAAAAAGUUGUCGACCAAUACUCAUCUGAUCAAUCACUAUAAAAUUCACACUGGCGAAAAUAGGAAACCGUUCGAAUGUGCUACAUGCCAGAAAACCUUCCAUUCCAAAAAUGCUUUGGCUGCCCACCAGGUAUUUCACACUGGCGAAAAACCGUUCGAGUGUGACGUUUGCGGGAAAAAAUUUCCACUCAAGCAGUAUCUGAUGAAGCAUCGUAAAGUACACAACAAACAGCAACACGAUGUACUGUUCGAAUGUGAUUUUUGCCCGUGCACAUUCGCCAUCGAGAAAAAAUUGACCGAACACCGAUUGGUCCAUACUGGCGAAAAGCCUCUCGACUGUGAAGUUUUCCAGAGAUGGUACAAAACAGAGAACACUCUGAUAACUCAUAGUGAGGUGGACAUUGGCAAAACUUCUCAUUCUAUUGUUGAAUCUCUGGAGGGAGAUCAAUGUACGAACGAGUUUUCUGUUGAGGCUGAUUCAAACAAACACCACUCUGAAACGAAAAUCGAAACUUGCUCAGUUGGUGACGAAAUAGAAGCCGAACUGAAAAUGGAAACUGAGCAAAGUGUGUUAAUGAAAAGUGAAUGUAAAGUUGAAAUAGGUCAUCAUCCAGUGGAAUUUGUAAAUGUUGAACAAUUCAUAAAACCUGAGAAAGAGGAGAUCAUUUGA